AUGAUUAUGCUAACAGGCUUAAUCUUGAUUGCCUUAGUUACUGUAACUAUUGAAGUUCAGUCUGGUGAUAUUUUAUCGAGGGAAAAUGUUCAAGCAUUACCAGAAGAAUUUCUUGGCACUUUUAAGCUCGAAAGAGAUGAAAAUUUUGAGCCUUAUCUUGAAGCAAAAGGAGUUGGAUGGUUCACAAGACAAAUGAUCAAAUUUGCUAGCGUUACUAAGAUUUUGAGCAAAUCCGAUCAGCCAAAUCGUUACACUAUGAAAAGUACUGUUGGACAUAAAGAAACAUUAUUUGAAAAUUGGGCUUUAGGAGAAGAAUUGAUCGCUGAAGCUUUAGACAGCACGCAACACAAGAUCACUUUCAACGUAAAAGAUAAUACAUUAAUGGAAACGCACGUGAAGAUUGCUGAUCCAAAUGAAAUUGAAACUUAUGAAUAUCGUCGAGAAGGUGAUUAUCUGAUAAUGGUAAGGUAUCAUAAAUAUUUACACGCGAGUUGA